UAAGAAUAUUCUCUACUUUUUUUUUUUUCUAUUCUUUCUUCCCCCCAUAGUGCCUAGGUUCUCCAAAGUCCUUGUGGUCUUCCCCUGCUUCUUUUCUGGGUUCCCAUAUUCCUCUGCAAUUCAUGGCCACUGUUUAAAGGUUGUUUUUUUAUGCCUUUAGUUGCCCCUAACCUCACGUUUUCUGCACCAUAUUUCUACCUAUAUAUCCAUGUCACUUCAUUUCUACUGAAUCUACAAGGCAACUGGUCCAAACAUGGUUAAAGUUUGGUUCUUGGUGUUGAUUGUUCUCUCCAAUGGAUUCUAUUCAAAUGGGGCAGACAUGCAAAAUUCCACAGUACCUGAGGUUGUAAAUAUUGGGGCUCUCUUCUCUUUCAAUGGCUCUUUUGGUAGAAGUGUAAAAUUUGCUCUAAAGGCUGCAGUUGAUGAUGUAAAUUCUGAUCCAUCAAUUCUUGGUAAAACAAAGCUGAAUCUCAUACUGCAAGAGGAUACAAAAUACAGAGGUUUUCUUAGCAUUUCUGAGGUUUUGCAGGUUGCAACGAGACAUACUGUGGCUAUAAUUGGUCCCCAGUCAUCUGUAACAGCUCAUGUCAUAGCUCAUAUUGCAAAUGAGCUCCAAGUUCCUCUGCUAUCGUUUUCGGCUUUAGACCCUACCCUUCAUUCACUUCAGUUUCCAUUCUUUAUUAGAACAGGUCAUAGUGAUCUUUAUGUGAUGACUGCAAUAGCAGACUUUGUUGAUCACUUUGGGUGGAAAGAUGUUAUUGCUUUCUAUGUGGAUGAUGAUAAUGGGAGGAAUGGAAUUGGAGCUCUAGGCGACAAGCUCGCCGAUAGGCGUUGCAGGAUCUCGUUUAAGGCAGCUGUGAGUCCUGAUGCAACUGAUGAGGAGAUUACUGAUGUGCUUGUUCAGGUGGCUUUGGCAGAGUCAAGAGUUAUAGUUCUUCACCUCAACACUGUUUGGAAACUCAAGGUUUUCAAUCUUGCAAAGAAUCUUGGGAUGAUGGAAACUGGUUAUGUCUGGAUAGGUACUACUUUUCUUUCUGCUGUGCUUGAUAUGGAAAGUCCCUUGUCCUCGGAUAAAAUGGAUGAUAUUCAAGGAGUUAUUACAUUUCGUGUUUACACACCGGAUUCUGAACUCAAAAGAAGGUUUGUUUCUAAGUGGAAGAAUUUGACUCAAGCUGAUAGUGCUAAUGGAGGCCCUCUUGGUUUUACUCCUCUAAUUCUAUAUGCUUAUGAUACUGUUUAUGCUCUUGCACAUGCACUUGAUUCGUUUUUCAAACAAGGGAACAGAAUCACUUUCUCAAAUGAUUCAAAGUUAUCAGUGUUACAAGGUGACAACUUGCAUCUUGAUGCCUUGAACAUCUUCAAUGAAGGACCUUCCUUGCGUCGAAGCAUUUAUGAGGUUAACAUGACCGGUGUGACAGGUCCAUUCAGCUAUACAUCUGAUGAAAAUCUUGCCAAUCCUGCAUUUGAGAUCAUCAAUGUAAUUGGAACAGGCUCUAGGAAGAUUGGUUAUUGGUCUAACUACUCUGGACUAUCAGUUCUUCCUCCAGAUACUCUUUAUUCCAAGCCUGUUAAUAAUUCCAGGGAAAGUAAAACUUUACUUCCGGUGAUUUGGCCUGGAGACACUGAUCAAAAGCCCCGUGGUUGGGUUUUUCCCAACAGUGGAAGGCUACUAAAGAUUGGAGUACCAAGAAGGGUUAAUUACCAUGAAUUUGUCUCACCGGUAAAAGGCACUGAUAUGUUUCAGGGAUUCUGCAUUGAUGUGUUUCUUGCUGCAGUGGAUUUGUUGCCUUAUGCUGUCCCCUAUAAGUUUGUCCCCUUUGGCGAUGGUCGCAUCAAUCCUAGCGCCACAGACCUUGUCCGUCGGAUCACAACCGGUGAAUUUGAUGGUGCUGUUGGUGACAUUGCCAUUACUACAGAGAGAACAAGGAUGGUGGAUUUUACACAGCCUUAUAUUGAGUCUGGUCUAGUUGUAGUUGCACCAGUUAGGAAGGCAGAAUCCAAUGCUUGGGCGUUUUUGUCGCCGUUUACACCGAUGAUGUGGGCUGUCACAGCUAUGUUUUUCUUGUUUGUGGGAGCUGUUGUUUGGAUAUUGGAGCAUAGAGUUAAUGAUGACUUUAGGGGACCUCCCAAGAAACAAGUAGUUACUAUCUUAUGGUUCAGUUUUUCAACUAUGUUCUACUCACACAGGGAAAAUACAGUUAGCACUCUCGGUCGCUUGGUGCUGAUUAUAUGGUUAUUUGUAGUUCUUAUAGUUAACUCGAGUUACACAGCGAGUCUAACCUCAAUCCUCACAGUGCAACAACUUUAUUCACCCAUCAAAGGCAUUGAAAGUUUGGUAAAUAGCAAGGAUCCUAUUGGUUACACUCAAGGUUCUUUCGCGAAAAAUUAUUUGAUUCAGGAAAUUGGCAUUGCUGAAUCAAGGCUGGUUCCUUUGAACACGCCGGAGGAAGCUGCUAAUGCUCUUAAAAAGGGUCCCCAUGGUGGUGGUGUCUCUGCAUACAUUGAUGAACGUUCCUACAUAGAGCUCUUCCUUUCAAGCCGGUGUGAUUUCACUGUUAUUGGUCAAGAGUUCACUAGAGAUGGUUGGGGAUUUGCCUUUCCGCGAGACUCGCCUUUAGCAGUAGACCUGUCAACAGCAAUUCUGGAAAUGGCAGAGAAUGGAGACCUACAAAGGAUCCAUGACAAGUGGCUUCUGCGCAGCGCUUGCUUGUCGCAAGGCACGAAGCUGGAAGUGGAAAGACUAAACCUUCAAAGCUUCUGGGGCCUCUAUCUGCUAUGUGGCUUUGCUUGCUUCAUUGCUCUCUUGAUAUAUCUCAUACAAGUGACUAGGCAGUACUUCAAGCAUGGCUCUGAUGAACUUGACCCUUCAGAGCAGGGCUCAUCUUCAGGAUCUGCGCGCCUUCGGAGCUUCCUUUCAUUUGUGGAUGAAAAGGAGGAGACAGUUAAGAGCCGCUCCAAGAGAAGGCAAAUGGAGAAGAUCUCAUACAGAAGCAGUAUUGGAUCAUCUAUGAGCUCAAACAAAGACUAUGCUCAAUCUUCUCCAUACAAAAAUUUUUGUGCUAAUGAUGCUCAAUCUUCUCCACACACAACUGAUUGUGCUAAUGAAGCAUGAUCCAACCACAUGAUUUUAUAGCCUCUGAUCUCAACUUCCUCUGCACCACCACCAUCAUUAUCACUUUUGCUUUGAAAUAGUGGCAUAUAUUUUCUCUUAUUCAUUACACAUGAUAUCAAAGUUGAGAAAACCAAACCGGAUAAGAACCGGUUAAAUUGAUAGGAAAUAUGUAUUUGUAGCUUAAGUACAAUACAUAGGUUUAUGUAUAAUGUAUCUUCUUUGAAAAUUGAUUGUAAUAUGUAAGUAUUAUUCUGGUAUCUUUUGAAAGUUAGAACAUAAAUUAUUUACUUUU